CUUUCUUCUACGUUACCUAGAUGACAGUACCUACUUGCUUUUGUGAGGUCCAGUAAAUCGGAAUUCUAGGAAGGAAACAAAAUCUGCUGCCAUUACUAGUGUACCUGUGGUACCCACAAGUAUGGUGUGCUUCCGGUUAGAUUUUCAACGACAUAUUUUAUUGCUUUCCAGUCUCUACAUCGUGCUUUCUUAUACAUGUAGCUUGACUUUCGGUUAGUGCAGGUACUGACCGACUUUAUAUCUAUAUAUACCAAUUGCGUGUUGAUUGGUUACAAGACUUGAUGAUCUGUCCGGAUGGGAAGUUUCUUGUUGAAUAAACACAUAUCCGUGCUUACGCCUCGGGGUUCGCGCGCAAACUUAGAGAUGGGAAUAUUGGGAUAGGGGAACCAAGUUUGCAUAGUUCGCCUCUCACUAUUCUAUGAAAAGAGUUUUUCAAUCCAGGCUUCUUUACUUUCAUUUUCAAUCGAUAUAUACCUUGACAGAACGCGGGAAACACUUGCUAUUCGUUCUUCCGCUUAUUAUUGAUCAUCCAAAUUUCAAUCUUGAGGGCGGAUACAAGUUCAUCGUUCCGGAUCAGUAUUGCAAUUUAAUCUUCGGCCAUCUAAAUUCUGGUAGAUUUUGCAUUUUCACACAUUAACGUCCUAAAUGUACGUUCUUUUCCAUGAUAACUUCCCGAUGUUUUGAUUCUUAUACUCAUUGCGCUUCCAGUUUCCCCCAGCUCCCAACUAGCUAAGCAUAAAAAAUGGCUUCUCCCUUGGAACACGAGCCAGAAUCUCAAUCUGGCAUUCAAAAAAUAAUUUCUACCGGAGCAUUCCCAUCCCCUAAUUCAUACUGGCAUCCCAACUUCACCACCUCCAUAAUCCCAAUAAAUUGCUGGUCCCACAACGAUGAGCACCAACCUAUCUCCCUAUAUACCGCUCUCGCGGCCGGCUGUAUAGCCAUCGAAGCUGAUUGCUUCACUCCUUCUUAUUAUUCUUCAUCUCACUUCCCUGCUUCGUUAUUCUCGUAUUUCUCGUCACCAGAAACUCCAAUCCCCGAGAACGAUCUCCUCGUCGGCCAUGAAACUUCAGAACUUCACCCUACAAGGACACUCUCAUCUCUGUAUUUAAAUCCACUCCUUGAGAUUUUGAUACAGCAGAAUAAAGCUGCAGGAAAUCCAAAAAAGAAAGUAGGAGUCUGGAAUGAGAACCCGUAUCUACCAUUACAUUUAACAAUCGACUAUAAAACCGUUUCAUCAGGACACGAUGGAAUUCACAUUCUUUAUUCCCUCUUAGAACCCCUACGAACUGCGGGCUUCCUCACCUACUACGAUAAUCUCAAUGAAAAACUAGUUCCCGGUCCUUUAACUAUCGUCGGGACUGGGGAUGCCGAUUUCGAAUUGAUAUGCGCAUAUGAACGCGUCUAUAUCUUUAAGGACGCUCGAUUUUUCAACUUCCUCCCUUCUCAAAAUCCAUAUAAUUCUCUUUAUGUAUCCGCUAAUAUUUCCACUUCCAUUGGUCGAUUUUCUAAAUCCAAAGGGCCUACAAAAGAACAAGUAAAGAGCAUAAGGAAGGAAUGUAGAGAGGUCAGGGAAAGAGGAUUAAUACCCCGAUAUUGGGGAACGCCAGAUGAUGAGGAAUGGUGGAGGGUAUUGGUGGAGAGUGGAAUUGAAGUGUUGAAUUGUGAUGAUCUUGAGCGUGGGGGAAGGUGGUUGAGAGGAUAUGUUGUGAAUGGGGUCGGUGUGGGAGCGUUGUGGAAGGAAGAUGUUAAAGAAGGAGAAGAGGAAGGUUGGGAAGGAGGGUGUAUAGUUUUGUGAUGGAAAUCAACGGCAUUUAAUAGUUGGUAUUAGAACCACUGAAUCGAGAAAGGAAAGCUUAGUAGAAUAAAUUGAUAUAAUUUU